UUGUCGUAAUCAGCGAUUCAAAGCAGGGAAAAUAACAUUAAAAAACAAAAAUAGCCUUUUAAACAUUUAUUUCAUCAUUUACAAAUCCUGCUCAAAUUGUUCACCUCUGUUUCGAAUGCAGGCCCGACAUCUUUGUCGUAUUUCUACAGUUGUAGUCCGAAGUCCAUUACAUGGCGCAGUAGCCAUGUAAUCUUAUUUUUUCGAUUUCUGUUAUUUUUAAACUUUGUUGACUAUUUUGUUGUUGCAAUGGCGACAUACUCUAACGAAGAAUAUGCGGAUAUCAUAAUGAUUUAUGGUGAGGCCCAUGGUGUCGCUCGUGCAGCGCAACGGCUUUACCACGAACGCUUUCCUGGUCGACGAUUGCCUGGCCGCAGAGUUUUCCCAGACACAUACCGGCGAUUACGCGAGACUGGGAGUGUCACUCUUCGUGAACCAAGGGGACAUGUUGUGCGACAUAAUGUUGAAGUGGACGAAAGAAUACUGGCAUUAUUUGAAGAAGAGGACACAAGAAGCAUUAGAGAUGUGGCGGCACAACUUAAUAUUUCAAUAUGGAAAGUGUGGAAGGUCCUUCGACAAAACGAAAAAUAUCCAUUCCACGUGACUCCUGUUCAAGGUCUUGAGGGUGGUGACUUUGACAGAAGAGUUCACUUUUGUCGGUUUUUGUUACACACAGAUGUGGAAAAUCCUGAUUUUUUAAAAAGAAUACUGUGGACGGACGAAUCUAAAUUUACCAGAGAAGGGAUUCUUAACUUACACAACUUGCACCACUGGGCACCGAAACAGGAAAACCCACAUGCCAAAAGACAAAACUCUUUUCAAUAUCGAUUCAGUGUGAACGUUUGGGCAGGAGUGAUUGGGAAUCAGGUAAUUGGACCACAUUACCUACCCGAUAACCUCAAUGGCGAUAAUUAUUUAGAGUUCCUGCAAAAUGAUCUGCCGGAAUUAUUGGCCGAGGUGCCCGUGUUUAAUAAAGAUGUGCCCAUAGUAUUUCAAAACGAUGGCUGUCCCGCGCAUUGGCGUUUAACUGUGAGGGAAUACCUUGACAAUGUGUUCCCCAAUUCGUGGAUUGGGCGCAAUGGGCCUAUUGCAUGGCCGCCACGUUCCCCAGACUUAACUAUAUUAGAUUUUUAUGUCUGGGGACGUGCCAAAGAGCUGGUAUACGCCACAGAAGUUCCAACGAGGGAGGUACUGAUACAACGCAUAGAAGCAGCCUUUAAUACAAUCAAAAACGAAAUACGACUGCGGACUACAACUGUAGAAAUACGACAAAGAUGUCGGGCCUGCAUUCGAAACAGAGGUGAACAAUUUGAGCAGGAUUUGUAA